AGUUUGUGGUAGCAAUGGUGAAGCGAGUCCGUAAGACUGGACGUAAGAUUGAUGUUUCGGCUGAACUGCAAGCUGUAGAGGAGGCAGCUGAUGCCAGGCAAAUGAUGGAGAAGAGUGCCGACGAGCUCUUCAUGGUGGAUACUCAAGGCAGCUUCAAAGGUGUCCCUAAGGCUCUUAGAUACAUCGUCAAGAACAGUACCAAGGAAGGCAAAACCUCGACGGUACCGAGCGAAGCUCGACUGCUCGAGAGGAAGAUGAAGAGUGUUCAACAGAAGAAGGGUUCGAAGCCCAAUCCCAAUCAGCAGAAGCUCACUGAUCUUUGGGCUGACGAUGAGGAAGCUAAGGUCAUCAAUAAUGGCCCCGCUCAGCGCGGCCAUCGAGUUCCCAAGUCUAUCCGGCACUCUGCCAAUCUUGCCCCUGCAGUGACGAUUGCCAUGCCCGGUCAGAGUGUGAACCCCGAUGGAGAUGAUGCCAAGGAGCUGCUCUUCACAGCUGCGGCUGUACAGCAGGAGCAGGAGCAGAGAGGUCGUCGAACUCCUAUGUGGGAUGAUACUGAGGAGGGCCCGUUGGUGAGCAGCUCCAACUCUAUGAAGGCUGGUGAUGAGAUCGAUCCCAUCGAAACGAAAAAGGAGGUGGGGCAGCCUGAGAGGAAGACUCAGAAGCAGAAGAAUAAGGAGGCUCGCCACCAAGCCCUUAUGUUGGAGCAUCAACGUCGGAAGGAGGCCAGGAUGAGGCAGCAUCUCAAGCAGCAUCCUAAUGCUGAUCUCAAGAAGUUGAAGGCCGAGGAGGAGAGGCUCCGUGUUCGUCGGGAGUACAUCAACAAGCUCAAGGCUGCUAGUCUGGCGAACGAAGCGAAGGGUAUUCGCACUAGGCGGCUGAAGACAGGUCGACAUGUGUUUAUGGAGCGUGGCCCUGAGCUUGGCGGCCAGAGCCAGGAUUCACUUCGUCGUGUGGUGCCUCAAGGCAGUGCCAUCACUGAGCGAGCUAUGGCGCAAUACCGCCGAGGCAAGUUGGAGCAGCACGGCAAUCUGUCUGGUACGAAGACUCGAUAGUCACGAUCAGCAAUAUCUGUCUACUG